UGCAAGUUGAAUUCUAGUUUUGCUGCUCGGGGACCGAGGUUUACAACUUUACAGUUCAUGCCAAAUACCUAUCUAAAGUUUUUUUUUAGUUUGUAUUUAAGUAGUUUUAACAUACUUUGGUAGUACGAUGGGAUACGAUAUAAAUCGUUUCGAGGAAGGAUCUGUUGACAAGGAUUUGCUCGUUUGCCCGAUUUGCAUGGAUGUUUUCGAUCAUCCAGUUGAAUUGCCGGAUUGCCAGCACAUUUUCUGUCAAAGCUGCAUUGCCCGUUGGCUCCAGGGGAAAUCGGAAUGUCCACUGGACAGAAAUCCCGUGAAGCAGGCCAACAAUCGUUGCUAUCUCCGUCCUCCCAACCGAACGAUCGCCGCUCUGUUGGAGAAACUACGGAUCCGGUGUUCCUACGCGGACGGAGGAUGCAGCUUUGUUUCUCCACUGAGCCAAAUUGAUAAACACCAGCGCUACUGCAAGCACAAGAAGAAUUCAAAGUUCGCCAAAGAGGAGCCGGCCAAUGGCGGAGCUUACCGUGAUACGUCGAGUGGACGUUUCAAUCCCGGUCCCCAUGAUGAUCAGCGCCAGCGCGGUACCGAUCGGGAGCAGACAUCGGCCAUUCUGGUGGUUGUGAUGCUGGUGGUGGUGCUGAUUUUUGCCGCAUUCCGACACCGGUGAACGUUUUGCAGUUCGUCCGUUGGAUGAAUCAUGAAUGUUUUUGAAUAGUGUACCACUGUACAUAGCGAAUGGCUUGCGUGAAUCUUUACAAAUGGUAUAACGUUUUGCGUCUUAUCCGUUGCUGUUUCGAAUUCUCAGAGUUGGAUUUAAUUUCGUCUUUCUAACAAUAUUAUGUUUCUCGUUAACAGAUGGCCGAUACUCACAUUUUAUGCCCUGAAUAAUUUUGUUUGUAUAUUUGUUAAAGUAUGCUAACCAGUAAGCUGACAGAGCUUCUUUCCGUUCAUGAGGCUUUUAUGCGUGAAAUAUCAAUAAAAUAAA